GUGUUGUGUCGUGUUUGUUACGUGGCUAAAGUGGAAUCAUACGCUAUCACUCACCGCUAACAACAAGUGCAUCAAUCGUCUUUCCAUCCAACUGUGUAUACAACGAUCAAUUCCAAGACUGGCUUCCUGAACUCUCUUUACUUAUUUCUUUUCUUUCUCUCUCUCACUUAAACAUGACUUCUUCCUCGUCCUCAUCACCAGAAAUGCACCCUGCUCCUCCAGUGGACUCCGCUGAACGCUUUUCCUACAAACUUGCAACACAUGAGGAGGUCCUUGAAGAUCUAUCCAGUCGCUUUCUUUUAAAUCUCCCAGAGGAAGAACUAUCGUCUCUUGAGCGGAUAUGUUUCCAGGUGGAGCAAGCGCAUUGGUUCUAUGAAGACUUCAUUCGGGAACAAAAUCCCAAAUUUCCAUCACUACCGCUGAAGAAAUUCUCCGCAAUGCUUUUCCAAGCCUGUCCUCUGCUACACCAGUGGAGUCACGAUCAUGAACAAGCCUUCAAUACCUUCAUGCAAUACAAGACUAGAGUCCCUGUAUGUGGUGCAAUUAUGUUAAACGACACCUGGGAAAAGUGUAUCCUUGUCAAGGGGUGGAAGUCAUCUUCUGGUUGGGGUUUUCCAAAGGGCAAGAUAAAUGAAAGCGAGCCUACCCAUGAGUGUGCUAUUCGAGAAGUGCUUGAGGAGACCGGUUAUAAUCUGGCGGGUCAACUGGAUCCUGCAAACGUAAUUGAAAUGUCGAUCAAGGAGCAAUGGAUCUCUCUCUUUGUGGUACCCGGAGUCCCGGAAGACUUUCCUUUUAAAACUCGGACCCGCAAGGAGAUAAGUCGGAUCGAGUGGUUCAAGUUAACUGAUCUUCCAACUUGGAGACGGAACAAAGCCGCCCCAGGAAAGUUUUAUUUAAUUUCCCCCUUCAUCGCAUCGUUGAAGGCAUUCAUCACUGACAACAAGCCUCGAGCAAUGGAAGGGCGAGCUCGGAAGAUUGGAGGGUACACAAGUACGGAUAAUGGCACACAUGAGUCCAGUUCAUCCUCGGCAGAUAAUGGCGAACCCCAGACGCCAUCUCCUCAGUACAGCGAGGCACUUCCUGUGACCAGCCAUCGCGUAGCUACCCACGAAUCCGAUGACGAGCAAGCUGUCGAUCCUGAACACAUGGAUCCGCACUUUGCCCGUCUGCUUAGUUCUCUGACGCUUUCGGCUGUCAAGCAAGACGAUUCAAAGCCUCAGCUCGGUCUUCCGCCAGUUAAAUCGCCUCUCUCGGUAUUCGCUCACAACGCGACACCGCUAGCUAAGCAGAAUAUCGUUGAUUGGUCUUCUCGUGUUUCUGCUCAGUCAGAAACGUCUGGUGUGAUGUCUUCUCCGGCUCCGAAACAAAGGCUUUCAAACGUGUCAUCCUCUGCUCAUUCGCUUCGGGUUCCCCAAUCUUUGAGCAUGCAGGUUUCCUUUGUCGAAUCAUCCACACUACCAACUUCACCUUCUCAUGUUCCUGGAACUCCUUCAUCAGGAGCCCUUUCCACCACCUCAUUAUCCGCCGCGUCUGCCGCAUCGUCCACCUCAUCCUUGACUUCCUCUCGAAAGGUCUCAUUGUCGUCAAGACGUACCUCGAGCACUGCCGACAUAUCACCCUACCUUCCGCGCCUUACUGAGGUGCCUGCCUCAGGCAAGAUGUUGAGGCAGCUUGCCCUACUGGAAUCAGUGGCUGACGAGUCUUCACGCAUGACCCCUACUCUGCCCAGUAGGGAGUUGCCCUCUGUGACUAAUGUUGGCAAUACACCUGGUGUCCGUCAUCCAGGAUCGUCGGCUUCCGUUCCACCAUCUACGCACUAUCCACAAGCUGACAUACGCCCGCUAUUUGGACAUAUGCCAUCAAUGCCAGCUGGAUAUCAUCUCCCUCCUACUUCUCAGCAUCCCAGCAUCGGGUAUUCUCAGCCGCCGCUAGUUGAUGACAUUUUUCAAGUGCGACCACGCUCCAGUCAGUUUGUUGCCCACGACUAUCCUCCUAGGAAUGCCCAGCGAAGUCAGUUGUUGUCGCUCCUGACGGGGCCCCCACCCAUUCCUGUUGGAAUGCCUCACACUUCUCAUCCACAUCCCUCCUACUUGCAAGGCUACCCUCCAGUUCAUAAUUAUCAAGCACAUCUUUCCGCACACUUCCCCCCCGCUCAUCAGACCGCGGGUCCUCAUAUGUCAGUGCUCAAAUCCCACCUGCUCGAUUCUCUGCUGUCCCACCAUCAGCCCAUAAUUUACAACCAACUUUCCCCCCGCCAAUCACUUCGCGGACCCCUGUUACCAACGGCGCCCAGCUACUUUCACUCUUAA